GCUGGUGUUGGAGCAGUUCAUGAUCUCCAUGCCCCUGGAGCUCCAGGUCUUGGUCAAGGAUCACAAUGUACAUAGUUGCAAAGACUUGGAGGACAUCCUGAAAAGUCAGGAGAAACCUAAGACAUGGUUCUCCCCACAGACUAUAGUCAGCAUUGAAGGACAGAAGUUUCUGGUGCACAAUUCAGAUGUCCAGAUGGCUGGAGUAAAAGCUGGUGAUGAGGAUCCUGUGAGAGACUUGUCCAUGAAGUCCCGGUCCUUCGUGUGUGAGGUGGAGGUACAUGGCAAGAACAACCGGGAGGUCAGCCAGGAGCCAGAGAAUCAGCCAGAAAUCAAGGACAUGUCAAGGGAGCAGGGACUGACAGUUCUCCUGCCAGAGACCAUCCCCGAGGAAGGUGACCUGGAGGGAGUGAGACCCACUCAGAUGCUGGAGGAGGACCCAAUGGAGGAUCAGGAAGAGAAGACAGUGCUUCCACCUGCAGAGACUCUGCUCUCGAGGGGUCCUGCUAACGAUUCACCGAAGGUCACACACUGGAGAGAGGCCCUUCCAGUGCCAGGUUGGCUCCAAGAAGUUCAUACAACCCUCAGACCUGCGAGUUCACCAGCGAGUCCACACAGGAGAGAAACCCCAUAACUGUCAGAUCUGUGGGAAGUCUUUCACCCACCAAUCCAUGCUUCGAGGCCACCAGAAGGUCCACACGGGGGAGAAGCCAUAUUCAUUCAAGGUCUGUCACAAGCGUUUUGGACACAAGGGGAACGUCAACAUCCACCUCUGCAUCCACACAGGCCUCAGGCCCCACAGCUGCCCCGAGUGUGGCCAGGACUUCCGUCAACUUGGGAGUUUGAAAUGCCACAAAAAAACCCCACAUUCAAACGUGACUUCCUGAGGAUUCCAUCCCCCUUCUGCCUGAGGGGGAAAUUAAUUGUAUCACCUGUGUUGGAAAAAUGAUGGAUGUCAGGCUAAACCCACACGAAGUUUCUAGAAUACAGCAAGGCUUCUAUACUUUGGAAUUCAGAUCCUUGCAUAAGCACAGACCCUCCUUACUGGUUUCUGUUUUCUGCCUCAUUAUAACCCACUGUUA